CAGCUUCGCGGAAACAAGAGCUGCUCUCUCAUCAACCGGUUCGACGCGACCGUCAACCGCCGUCCGCAAGAACCAAUUGGAGCACCGGCUUUCACAGCGGCCUCCUCCACAAAUCCAAAUCCCACAACACAACAUCAUGUACUCUCAACAGCAUGCCGCCGCCAUGGCGCCGCAAAAGCCUGAGACCUUCAUGCUGAGCACCGAGGCACAGCAGGCAUUGCCCCAUGACGCCCAGGUCGCCCUUCAGCAGGUCGACAACCUGAAGUACUUCCUCAUCUCUGCCCCCGUCGACUGGCAGCCCGAUCAGUACAUCCGCCGCUUCCUUCUGCCCACGGGUGAGUACGUUUCGUGCGUGCUCUGGAACAAUCUCUUCCACAUUUCGGGCACCGACAUUGUGCGCUGCCUCUCCUUCCGCUUCCAGGCCUUUGGUCGGCCCGUCAAGAACUCCAAGAAGUUUGAGGAGGGCAUCUUUUCCGACCUUCGCAACCUCAAGUCCGGCACCGAUGCCUCGUUGGAGGAGCCCAAGAGCCCCUUCCUUGACUUCCUGUACAAGAACAACUGCAUUCGUACACAGAAGAAGCAGAAGGUCUUUUACUGGUACAGCGUCCCACAUGACAGACUCUUCCUCGAUGCUCUGGAGCGCGAUCUGAAGCGCGAGAAGAUGGGCCAGGAAGCCACUACCGUCGCCGUCAGCGAGCCCGCCAUGUCUUUCCAGUACGACUCGUCGCAGUCGCUCUACGAGCAGCUCACCAAGGCCCAGCAAGCCAACUCUUCAUCUUUCAGCGCCCAGCAGCAGGUGUCGUUCCCCCAGUCCCAGUCGACCUCACCCGUCAUGAGGGCGAUCGACUCGAUGCCUCCUCCCCAGAUGAUGCCUCAGUCAGUCCCCCCCAUGGGUGACGGCCUCGAGUCCAUGGUGCCUUACGGCGCCAUGCAGAUGCCCUCUUCCAUGCCCCCCUCCAUGCCUCAGGGCAUGCCUCCCCAGAUGCCGCCUCAGCAGAUGGUCAAGCGUGAGCCCGACUACGGUCGUCCUCAGUACAACCAAAACGGCAUCCCCGUCAACCAGGGCCAUCAGCGCCACGCUUCCAUGCCCGCGUACGGGCUGGAGUAUUCGCCCGCCCCUUCGUUCACUGGACUGUACACUGCCAUUCCUGACCACAUGGUCGGCGGCAACGGUCUGAACGGCAUGAUUCAGCUGCCUCCCUCUAACCUGGCUGGUGCUCAGUUCUCGCGCGGUUACGGCGCCAACAACGUCUAUUCUGUCAUCGAGGGCUCGCCCACGUAUAAGCAGAGGAGGCGACGCUCGUCCAUCCCUCCUUCCAUGUCCGCCAUUGCCGCUGCCACGGCUCAGGCUCAGGGACAGCAGCAGCAGCAGCAAGCUCCUACCCACAGGCCUUCUGAGCUUCGCCGCUCAGUCUCGGCCUCGGUUGGACCGGUGUUGGAGGGCGACGAGUCGGCAGAAAACUCCCCGCCCGGCCUCACGUACAGCACGUCUGCCAUGCAUCUCAUGAACCAGCAGCACAAGGACGUACUCGACAUGUCUCGUCACGGUACGCCGCUGUCGAACGUGGAUGGUAGCCCGGCGCUGAACCCAAUGGCGCUCCAACAGCAGGACUUCCCUCAGCUGACAAGCGAGGACAUGUCGGCUGAUGGCUCCAUGGCCGUCUCGCGUGCUGUCAUGCAUGGUCCUAACGGCGCCGUCCGUCGCGCGCGUUCUGCUACCGUCAUGGAGCUCGGCCCUUACCCCCAGAAAUCACACUCUUGCCCCAUUCCCACACACCGACGAACCCACGAACGUGGCGAAGGCAUGGAUGGUCCCGUUAACUUCUCUGGCGAGGAGGAAGAGGACUACUCUGGCGAAGACCAGCUCGGCUCUCUUGAGGAGGCCUCGCCCAGCUCCGAGAACGCCUACAUCACUGCGUCUCUUAACGGUGUCGCUGAUGGCCAAGUACACGGCAACGUGGUUGCGCCUCAGACCUUCAACAGCCUCCAGACGCUCAGCAUGCCCAUGACGCUCAGCCAGCCUGCCAUGCACAGUGGCGCCAUGUGA